UCGUUCACUAACCCCUCCCCAUCUUCUUCCUUUAUUUUUCUUUUCUGCAACUAAAAUAUCAAUAAUAGCCAUGAACGUUAAGCUUUUAAUUUUCUUUUGCUUCAAGUUUCAAUGCACGUCGGAACAGAAUGUUACUGCUACCAAAGAAGAUUACACUGGGAACCGAAAUACAGUUUUUAAAUACAAAAUUGCAGCCAUAUUCUCAGUUAUCGUGGCGGGUGCAGUCGGAGUUUGUCUCCCGGUUCUUGGCAAAACCAUCCCAGCUUUGCAUCCGGAAAAUAACAUCUUCUUCAUUAUUGAGACUUUUGCUGCAGCCGUCAUACUCUGAACCGGAUUUAUUCACGUUCUUCCCGAAGCUUUAUAUGAUUCUCACGUCUCCGUGCUUAAAAGGGAGUGCAUGGGAGUUUCCUUUCACUGGGUUCAUUGCCAUGGUGUCCACGAUUGUAACUCUGAUAAUCGACGCUUUUGCCACCAGCUAUUAUCAGAAGUCAGUGGUCAAGCGCACUAGAACUCAUGCCGGAAACGACGAGAAACUCGGAGAGGGAAGUGGAAGCUCGGUUCACGCUCGUGCAACUCACAGUCAAGCUCAUAGCUCGAUCUCUUUUACUGCAGAGUCUGAGUCAGAGCUUCUUCGUCAACGAGUCAUCUCACAGUUGGAUACGCAGGUUUUAGAAUUGGGAAAUAUUCUGCACUCGGCGAUAAUUGGAAUUUUAUUGGGUGCUUCUCAAGAAGUCGAGACAGUAAGAACACUGUUACCAGUCUUGAGCUUUCAAUCACAAAGGAAUGGGACUCGCAGGCUGCAUUUCUCAGGAAAUCCAAAAAACCAUUUUUGUUUAUUUUAA